UAUCAGCUGGAUGUCCAGGGUGUAUAUAUCCCAGAUCAAGCUACUAUUCCAGAGGCUAUAGACUUUGACGCGUGUCUCUCAACCAUUUUGGCCAACUGUCCAUCUUUCCUCUUUCUGAAAGAGCGCCACCUCAGUUCUGACUUUCCACGCAAUAUGGACAACCAGCUUGUUGUCAACUUAUUGGAAGAACCUAUCGAUGACGGACAGUUUCGCACCAAGAACUUGCCCGGCGAGAAGUUCCGGCCGGUUCUUGUCGACAGAGGAAAUCAACUCCAAACCAAAGUUGAUAUCGUUGGAAUUACGCAUGGGGAACUUGCUGAGAGCGAUGACUUGGCCAGCCUCCUCAUCUUCGAGUUUCGGUUCGUUGCUACAGGUGGCCGGCGAUUCAAGAGCGCGUCAGUGGCCUUUAGAUUUGAGGAUUCCGAAGGAAAGAUGAAUCAAGAUCCAGUCGUCCAUGCCAUCUCUCCUGAAGGCCAGUGGGCGCUCAACAAGACCGACAAAGUGCAGAAGAUCAAGUGGGGGGCCAAGGCUGGAGUAAAGGCCGGAAUUGGACCUGUUGAUCUGGAGACGGGCGUGCACUGGGACGUGGAGGAGGUUAAGAGUCGAAAGUUCUACACUGCGUUGACCGGAACCAAGAAGAUCAUCAGAACAGGUUUUGUUGGAGAAGAGAACGUUGUCGUUUGGACGCUGGAGGAGAACGAAGACAAGGCAGACGGGCUCCCAACGUUCAUGCGAGCGGCAGUCCUUCUGAGACGCCCGUAUGAUGUAGCCUUCACCUUUACAGUCAAGGUCAAAGCUGAUGUCGAUUUCAUCGGGGAAGUCAAGACGCUAUUCGGCUUGGAGAGGAAGGAUCCCAUCGAUCCGGUGGAGAUUGACCCGGGGAAGUUCCCGAAAGCCGCACGUUCGACCGUCAGGAGCCUGGAUCCAAAGAUCCACAAUUUGAAGGAAAUGGACUACUUGGAUCUGAAAAAAGUAGCUGACGUGGAGGUUGUUACUCUUCUGGAUGGAGGAGAGUUGUUGCACAAAGGAGGCGCUUCCAAGUGAUGGAUGUCAUUGGCCGUAGGUACUAUGCGAUAUUUAUUGAAUGGUCGGACAAGGGACUGAUUUCUCUCGUCGUCAAAAAUAAUGCCUGUAUCUCCACUAGCUACAGUACCUACUUAAACGAAUCCAUACAAUCAAUGACACUCGGCGCCAC